GGGGACCCAGUCCUGCCCCUCAGUGGAUCCUGUUGUGGAAGCUCGAUCCUGCUCAGCAGCGCCGCCUGCGGGAGUCUCCCUUCCCCCGGGAGGAGGCAGCGAGCGGCCGAAAUCAAAGACUUCCAGCUAACAGCGAGAAGAAAUAAGACAAAAUCUGUAAAAAUUAAGAAUAAGGACAAUGUAAAAUCAAAGGACGGAGCAGCAGGAACCUAUAUACACUAGUCAUCGUGGACAAAGAAAUGGCUGAAAAACUCAAACAAUCCCUGCCUCCCAGGCCUAUCAGAGAAAGAGCUGAAGUGUUACAAUGAACAAUCUGAAAGAGGUGAUCUACAGAGUUCAUCAGAUUGAUAAAUUUAUUUCAGAAAACAACAUCCAGGAGAUAAAAUUCCUUCUGAAUGUUUUUGAGGGCAUUCCUGUCACCCCUGAAAUUCUGCAAGAUACUGACCUCGUUAGAACUGUAUACAGAGUUUUAAAGACUUGUUCUGAUGCAGAUACCAAGAGGAAAGCUCGGAACCUACUGUCUGCAUGGAAGAAGCUUUAUAGGAACAGUGGCUUCCAGGCAAAAUGUCCAGAAGACAGAUUCUGUGCCUCCAGCAAAGAAAAGAGUGAGAAGACAGAUAAAAUUAAUGAGGGUACAUUAAAGUCUGAUCUGAGUGCAGCUGACUCUGUGAGUGGAAAGCCUGAACAGCAAUCAGAAGACAACCAGAUAAAAGAAAUGCUUCAAGAAACACACAAUGAAAAGCAACUUUCAUCAAGCCCAGGUUCAGUAGUAAUUGGCUGUAGUGCAGCUCCAGUUAAGCAGCCUGCAUUUAUUACCCAGGCCAUGCGGGCUAAGUGCGUAGAGCUUCUUUUCCAAGCUCUGAUUGGUUCAGAAACAACUGACGAAAGAGUGGUUGAAAUGUGGCAGAGUAUUGCCAACAAAGUGGAGCGGUGUAUAUAUACAUUACACAUGAACAAUGAUAAAAGGUAUAAAACUUGCAUUCGAAGCAGGAUUGCAAAUUUAAAGAACCCAAAAAAUCCCCAUUUAAGGCGAAAAAUAUUAUCAGGGGAAGUAACCCCCCAAAUGUUUGCAGAGAUGUCAGUGAUGGACAUGGCAAGUGAGGAGCUGAAACACCUAAGAGCAUCAUACACCACCUCUGGGCUUCAGGAGCAUUAUCUACCUCAUGAGCUGGAAGGAACAAAGACCAACAAAAUCAGAUGCAAACGGUGUGAGAAAUUUAACUGUACGGUGACAGCAAUUGCCAGGGGCACACUUUUUCUUCCAGGUUGGGUGUGCAAUGGAAAUUCUGAUGAACAGAUGAUGACUUUUGUCAUUUGCAAUGAAUGUGGAGAAAAAUGGUAUAAUAGUGGCUGGAUUUCUGUUUAGAUAUGUCAUAAGACCAUAGGGGAUUUGACUUAUUUAUUUUCUAUCUAACAGCUAGUGACUAUGUGUCUGUCAACAGUUAUGUACUAGAUAUUGAAUAAAAUAACAAAAUCCAUGACCUGUUUACCAAUAAAAGCUCUCAUAAAGUACCGAG